GUUAGGGGGGAAUGCUUCGAGUUUUCGGUGUUCUUAUAAACUGCCGCCCCUGAGCCCCUGUUUUUGGAGUUGUCAUCCUCUCUCAGUCACCCACCAACCAGACGUUCAACUCUUACGACACGAAGUCCCCAAAAACAACGACGAUGCAGCUCAAGUAUCUUCUUACCGGGGCUCUCCUCCCCCUCGGCCUCAUGGCCAACCCCACCCCCGAGGCCGAUGUCGACAGCUCUCUGGAUGCCCGGGCUUUCUCUCGCCCUCAGCACUGCCAAAUCAUCGGCGGGGCAACAAAGGUGAACUGCCGCUCCCGCCCCAAGACAUCGUCCGGCAUGAGGACGACGCUGCGGAGGGGCAACACCUACGACUUUUGGUGUGUCCGGUCCGGAGAAUGCGUGACGAUUAACGGAUUCCGGAACUGUGGCUGGCAUUACAUCCGGGGGCUGGACUGCUACGUCAGCGGGCACUACACUGAUAACCACUGCACCCUUGCCCGGCUCGGUUCAUGCAGCGGUGACGACGAUAAUGACGCGGCGGAUCCGUUUUGA